UAUAAAGUGCUGGACACCCACCUUUAUCAUCACAUUGUCCAGGUUCUCGAGCAAUCAACUCCUACAAUCAUGCGUUCACUGUCAGUGAUGGUGGUGUUGGCCGUGAUGGCUGGUGUUCAUGGUGGACUAAUUGGUGGUCUUGGUGGCUAUGGUGGAUAUGGUGGUCUUGGCGGUCUUGGUGGUCUUGGUGGUCUUGGUGGUCUUGGAGGCCUUGGUGGAUACGGCGGCUAUGGAGGAUCUAACGGUUUUGGUGGCUUGGGAGGCUAUGGUGGAGGAUUUAAUGGAGGAUAUGGUGGCCAAGGAGGACACACGUUUGUGCUGAGUAAGAGCCAUGGAAGCCAUGGAGCAUUUGGCCAGGGCGGAGAGCUUGGGUUCGGCAAAGGUGGUGGAUUCAAUGAAUUUGGCAAAGGUGGCGGUUUCGGCGGAUUUGGCAAAGGUGGAUUAGGAGGACUUGGCUACGGGAAGUAGGGCGUCUGGCAGUGCUGUUUCUUGACAACAUCCAGCAUCGUUACUUUCACUCCUUCUAACUACUACCAUAAUAAAUUACCUGAAAUAUGAA